AUGAAGACCGCCGCCGUCUUCACCAUCCUCGCCGUCGGUGCCUCGGCUGCCGCCGUUGCGGAGGCCGAGGCCUACUGUCAGCAGGCCGGCCAGUCGUGUUACCAGGUCAAGCGCGCAGCUGAGGCGUUCGCCGAGGCCAUUGCCGACCUGGGCGCUCCGGAAGCUGGUGUCUCGCGCCGCUCGCUGUCCUUUGGCGGCGUGCACAACAACGCCAUUCGCGCCAUCGACGGCCUGGCCUCCAUCGUCGCAUCCACCCAGUACAACCCCCGCUCCUUCUACUCGGAUCUGUCCCUCGAGUCCCACUUCCCCGUCCCCGUCGAGGAGCCCGUGACGAAGCGUGAGGCUGAGGCCGACGCCGAUGCCGACGCACAAAAAUACUGUCCCCUGCCCGGCCAGCCGUGCUGGAAGAACAAGCGCGAGGCCGACGCCGCGGCCGACGCCGAGGCCCAGAAGUACUGCCCCCUGAAAGGCCAGUCCUGUUGGAAGGCCCGCCGCGCCGCCGAGGCCGUCAUCAACGCCAUUGAGGGCGGUUCCGUCCAGAAGCGCGAGGCGGAGGCCGACGCCGACGCCGAGGCCGAUGCCCAGAAGUACUGCCCCCUCAAAGGCCAGUCGUGCUGGAAGUACAAGCGCGAGGCCGAGGCGGAUGCCGAGGCCCAAAAGUAUUGCCCCCUGAAGGGCCAGUCCUGCUGGAAGCGCAACGUCGGCACCCGCUGCUACGCCCCCGGCGGUGCCUGCGCCAACGCCAGCCGCGACCUGCACGCCAUCUACAACGCCGCCCGCUCCGUCAUUGAAAGCCUCCCAAAGGCAGAGUAA